AUGUACUCUGGAGCUGGAUUCGGCCGCUCGUUGGCGCAUCGUGCAUCCGUUGCGUCGACGUCCUCGUUUGCGACGGAACACCGGUCGCAAAGUCCCUUCCCCAGCAAUUCUGGCCCCAGCCACCCGUAUGGCAUGUAUCCUCAAGGCACCGGUGUAGCGAGGUCGCCCAGCAUGGCAACGACGUCGACGGCACGGGCGCCUCGGCAAUCAUUCUCCGGACAGGGCCCCACUCAUCCGUAUGGCAUGUAUCCCCAGAAUGUUGUCGAAGAUGAUGAGGAGCACAUGCCUACCGCCCCCAUGCACAAUCAGAUUCCCGUUGGCUUCCCUGGAUUGGACCGAGGAUAUCACAGACAAAUAGGCCCCGAUGGAGAAGAACAAGACAUCAUUGGACCGGAUGGCCAUAUGGAGCAGCUGCCCCCCUACACGAGGUUCCCAGAAGAGGGCCCUACGAAGGCAUCGUUGAUGGCAGUGCCUGAGGAAAUGGGGCCUGCGGGUGUGGUAGCGACGGCGGGAGCAGUAGCGCCAGCGGCCAGUGCCGCAACGCCUCCGGCUGAUUCCCGGGACAUGCUUCUUACGACCAGCAAUGCCGCGACGCCGAACGACCGGCUUUCAAGCGAACAGCUGCAGCUACCUCAAGCCGAACAACAACCGGUGCCUCCGCAACCGUCGCAACCACCGCCGCAGCCACCGCAGGAGCAACAGCCUAGUGCUCCUGAUGGGCCUACUGCCGAGCAAGGCGCUGAACAGUCGGAAAAGGCAUGGAAGGAGAAGAGUUGGACCGAAAAGAGGAGGACAAGAAUACUAUGGGGAAAAGUCCCAAUAUGGGUGCUAAUCGUUUUGGUUAUUAUCAUCAUAAUUCUCGCGGCUGUCCUCGGAGCCGUUGUCGGUGCUUUGCUUCCUAAGGCUGACAAGCACGAUAGAGGCGGAGGCCAUCACAACCAACCUCCUCCAACUUCUACCAUUGCCAGCACGUUUUCCAUGUUUGACGCAUCGACUAUUCCCAUACCCACUGACCUUCCUUCAUUACCAACCGGCAAGUUCGCCUUGCCAAUGAAAAGCCCCGACGUGUCGAGCAACACAUGCUUGACCGAAUCCAGCCAGACUGAUGCUUGGUCUUGUGAUGCUGAGGUGCCGUCAAUGGAGAUCAACAUCGACGGCGAAGACAACGAAUACGGCGCCUACAUUACACCUCUGGAAAACAACACAGCCCUUAAUUACGGAACUCAGGUCCCUGACAUUUCGAGACAGAAGUUGACCUUGGUCAAGGAUCUGGAUGAUAUCAGCGACGGACCUGCAUGGCAUUUCCAGGCGUUCUACCAGAAAAUUGUCAUCUUGAGGGAUGAUGACUUUGCGGCCGGACAAAGCAGUCAGAGUGUAAAAAAACGACACGCUCAAGCCUAUACGACUGUGAGCACGGCCCCCUGGACUGCUCCCACCGAUUUCAUUAUUUCUCCGGGAAACUUCCGUCACCGCCAAGUGGUUGCCGGUGACACGCCAUGGUACUGCGUCUUCAACCAUACUUUUAUCGAAACGUUCAUCUACGUCAAGAAAAACACGACGAAUUCGAGUUCAACCUCCACUUCGACCACGUACGAAGCGACCCCGAUAUCAUCGUCGAGUACAAGGUUUGCGAGAGAAGGUUCUACGUAUCACCCCGCACCGACCUGGACGACAACCAGUAAAUAUCCCACUGCCACGGAGGUUCCCAAGGAACGGCGCGACUCCAAGGAACACGAUAACUCCAAGGAACGUCGCAGCUCCAGCUACACGGAUGUGGACAAUAUCGGACUGUAUUCUCGGUUGGUCAAGGUUGAGGAGCGCCGGGUUCCAAAUUCUGAAAAACCUCGGUGCCAAAAGAUGCAAUUCCUCAACAACGGCGAAUUGGUAACCUACGUGGACGAAUACGGCAACCAUGUCAUCGUGACUUUGGAAGAAGAGGUGCCUGAUUCAUCAACCAACGAUGACGAUAGUAGUACCAGGCGUUCGUUCAGGAAGUUCUCGAGGCGGGAUGAUCCUUCCAAAAGCUGUCACUGCCAGUGGACUUUCAACUAG